GGUUAAUUUGGGGGGUGAGGUUUGGGGGGGCGCAAUUCCUGCAGUAACCCAUUCCACAAGAUCCUUAUUUUGCUCCGCGCAAAGCCUGGCCGGAAAAAUUCCCUCUUCAAAGACUCUGAAUAAUUUCGACGUGAGCACAUUCCUUGCGCACCUUCUGAACAUCUUCAAGCGCAGACAUCAAGGGACCAGCACUGCGCCCUCCGAGUCAAAUUCGAUCACCGUUGAGUUGUUAGUACUGGGUGGCUCCUAUCAGGCUCACGUACUCACGUUGUUUGGCUGGCUUGCUAAAUGUAGCAGCUCUUUUGGGAACGAAAUCGAAUAUCGAGAUUGCAUAUGGCGAUGAAGGAGUUGAGCGAAGCUCUCUUUUUUGUUUGCUCACUAGAAUUCUGGAGAAUGUCUUUGUUGUGGACAUAUUCUCUUAUAUCAUCAUAUUGGCAUUUGUUUAAAGAAUCUGAGAUACUCAAAUCCUAUCCCAGAUGUUCUCCUUCAACAUCUCCUUCUAGGCCUGUUUGCGUCGUCACUGGCGCAACAUCUGGCCUGGGUGCUGCUACUGCUCUCGCCCUUUCGAGAGAAGGAUAUUUUGUUGUUAUUGUUGGAAGAUCACACCAGUUGUUGUUGGAGACCAUAAAAAAGAUCAAAGAUUGCAAUGAAGAUGGCCAAGUGAAAGCUUUCCAGGUUGAUAUGUCGUCAAUAAAGUCAAUUGUGACGUUCAGAAAGUCCUUGCAGCACUGGCUUUUGGAAUCUGACUUGCACUGCUCAGUACAAAUACUUGUAAACAAUGCUGGAAUACUUGCAACAUCACAUAAAGUCACAGCUGAGGGAUACGAUCAGAUGAUUGGUACAAAUUAUAUAGGUGCUUUUGCUUUGACAAAGCUUCUAUUACCACUUCUUGAAAGCAGCCCUGUAACUUCAAGAAUUGUGAAUGUGACAUCCUUUACUCAUCGAAAUGUCAAUGAUAUACAGGUUGAUGAGAAAACUGUUUCUGGGAGAAGAUUUUUGAGUUCACAACAAUACCCAUGCGCUCAAAUUUAUGAGUACUCUAAAUUGUGCCUGCUGCUCUUCUCCUAUGAGCUUCAUCGACAGCUUAGCUCGGAGGGUAAAUCUUGGCAUGUCUCCGUCACUGCUGGGGAUCCUGGAGCUGUGCAAACGAACAUUAUGCGAGAAGUUCCAUCAGUUCUAUCUUGUUUGGCAUUCAAAGUCCUAAGACUUUUGGGCCUAUUGCAGACCCCCGAAUGUGGAAUUAGCUCUAUUAUUGAUGCAGCCCUUGCACCUCCAGAAGCAUCAGGAGCGUACUUUUUUGGGGGGAAAGGCAGGAUUAUCAGCUCUUCAGAACUUUCACGAAACCCCAAAUUAGCACGCCAACUCUGGGAAACUACAUGUAAUCUGUUAUCGCAUACCCCUUUUGGCUCUGAGGAAACAAGGAUGCUAGCAUCUGCCCUAUCGUGUACAAAGUGAAAAGGUGGCAUUUUUAUGUUCUGAAGCAGAUUAAUGGACCAGAUUUUGAAUCUUUUGGCGGUAGGGAGGGUGCAAAUGCAAAGGAGUGAGAACUUGUAAAGAUUCAUUUCAUGAUCAUCUCUGUCCAAUUCCAAGAACUGAAAUCUGACAUACCAUACUUUAGAUUAAGAUCUACGCUUUUUAGCACUUAGAAGCCAGUGGCAUAGUUUUUGACAUAAUUUAGGUAUAGUUUUCAACUUUCAAGGGCUUAUCAUUAAGUGCAUCAAUAAAUUUGUAAUAUGUGAAUAUUUUUUAUUGUUAAACAUCUCAUGUGAUGGAGACUGAAUAAAUAAAAUAUGUUGUGACA